GAGGCCCUUCCUCCAGGGGAGCUAUUGAAGAGCAGCAGCCAUGGCUCCACUGCUACCUUACGGCCAUGGGCCUCAACAAGGUCCACAAAGUGAACGUGAGCAAGCAGAGGCACAGCUGCUGCUGCAGGUGCCUCACCAAGCACAUCAAGUUCGUGUGGACCAUGAUCCGAGAGGUAUGUGGGGUCACCACAUAUGAGUGGCAUCCUAUGGAGCUGCUCAAGGUCUCCAAGGAUAAGUGCACCCUCAAGUUCAUUAAGGACAGGGUGGGAACAUACAUCCAUGCCAAGAGGAAGAGAGAGGAGCUGAGCAACGUCCUGGAAGCUAUGAGAAAAGUGGCAGCCAGGAAGGACUGAACCCCUCCCCUCUAAGUAAUAAAGCCUUUUUGGAACUUAAAAAAGAAGAAGAGACUUACAACUUACACAUACUGAGAAUUUUAAGAGACUAAUAGGAACAAUUAUUUGCCAAUAAAAUGGGCAACUCAGAAGAAAUGGAGAAAAUCCUAGACAUACAACCUACCAAAACUGAAUUGUGAAGAAACAGAAAAUCUGCACAGUCCAAUUAUUAGUAAGGAGAUUGAAUCAAUAGUCAAAAAAAUCCAACAAAGUCUCAGAGGACAUCAUUUCACUCGUGAAUUCUACCAAAUAUUUAAAGAAGAAUUAAUACUAAUCCUUCUCAAACUCUUCCAAAAAGUAGAAGAGAAGGGAAUACUUCAAAACUCAUUUUAUGA